UGCUACAUCAUGGAGAAAAACGAACAUCUGAAUGCCCUUGCAAAAGGAUUGAAAUCCACCGGAUUUUCGAUGACAUUUGAUCUCAAUUUUUAUUCCAAUGCUAAAAAAGCCGUCGAUGAAGGAUUCAAAGUUUUCUUAUUUGACCCGUUGGAAAAGCCCGUGACAUAUGGACCAAGUGAUGGCAUCAACAUGGUUCCAAGCUUGGCCACAUAUUUAAAUGUCAAACUAGAAAAGACACAAAGAAAAGCUCUCUAUACUCCAUGGCAUGGCUUAUAUGCGAACUGUCCAGAUUUGCCAUGGCAUUUGGAAAACGAAACGGACACUUAUGAGAGAAAGAAGUAUGAGUUUUACAUCGCGGCUGACCCCGUAAAUAUGUUCGAGAGUUAA